ACAGCUGAUAGGAAAACUUACUAUAUGUAAAUUUUCCUUCUUCUUAUAUGCAAUUUUUGAUUCGAGUGGUGUCUUUCGUUGCCUUUAAAUUUAAAGGUAACAUUUCGUUGUGAAGAAAUUUGACAGAUAAAAGUAAUUUAAAUGAAAAUCUCAGUGCGGUUGAUAUCAUAAUGUAGUUAAAUAUAUAUAACUCAUCAUUCAUGUGUUUUUGGAAUACUCGCCUGCGCCAUUGCCAAUAAAUGCUCAAAAAAGCAGGAAUCGUGUCAAUAGUCGUUCAGGAUGGCCCUAGGCAACAUUCCACUUCUAGCUCAAACGACAGUCUACUCGAUCAGUCUGCUGCUGUCAAUAACUGCAUUUGUGCCUAUGGCGUGGCAUGUACGCGACUUUAAUGGUCACUGUUUACUGUACACACAUGGAAGAUUUGACAACACGGACGGCCACCUUAUUCCAGUGUGGGGUUCAUCCUUUUAUUGUGGCCUAUCAUUGUUUAUUAAUGCAGUCGCCUUCAUCGUGUCCCUUAGUCAACUCAUAACAACCAGCGUAUUUCUUUACCAAGGCGUCGACAGCUCAUUCCUGAACGCUUUUGUAGAUGCUGUAGUGUCGUGUGCAAUAGCGGCUACCCUGUUCGUGUCUUCAGUCUUCGUCUCAGACGGUUUUCGGUCGUGGUGUUCAACCAUGAAACGAUUCCCCGGGUGUGAGGAAGGUUCGGUGAUGGAGUGGGAUCCUGCGGAUGGUAUUGUCAGUCUGGGGUUCUAUGUAAUGAUGGGCACAGCCCAGUUCGCACAUUGGGCUGGAUGGGUAGGAUGGGUGCUUCAGAGCGUACUCUGCAUCCGAAAACUGUGUAUUUACCACGAAAGAGAAAAUAUCAUCAUCUCCAUGGCACGCGAAAGGAAACUGCUCAACGCCUCUCAGAAAGCAUAUACAGAAAUUAUGCAGAAUGCACCUUACGAUUCUGAGACGCCAGCUAAAUAUUCGGACAGGGCACUUAUUCUCAAGUAAAGGAGCAGCAGCCAUAUUCCUUAACGAAUCAACGAGUUCGUCAACUGAAUUCUUCGCGCGGCUGGAUCUUCUUUUCAAAGCGAUUGCCAGUAAUUGCUACGCGUUAAUCUUUUCCUAUUCUGCCUCUGGUACUGUAAUUGCGUCAAAUAUUAAUUCAGGCUAAAACUAAGUACGUGAUAUUUUUUUUUCGAUAACAGAAUACGUCAUCCAAUUUGUUGUACAUGAUAUAGAAAAUGAAUUUCUUAGACACGUUAACAUUGCUUCAGACGCAGCCUGUAAUGUAACGCGUAGGCGUUUAAAUGAAAUUUUAUUCAUUUAUAUAUUUAUUGGUUGAUAGUGAGCAAAGUCAAUGUAUAAUGAAUAAAAUGUAUUUUAUCGCUUUAGUG